UACGCACGCAGAUAACCAGAUAACGCCUGAAAAGAAUCAUGUGAGUUGGUUGUGACAGAUUAAACAUUAAUUUAUCUAACCACUAAUGAUCUCCUGUCAAUUGAAAGGUGUUUAGCCUACACUUGGCAAACAAUCUCCUAUCGAACACUUCCAGCCUGCGUGUUGCACCAACACCUGUGACUGAAGAUGAGCUCCGGGUUCGGGCAGGUACUGACAGCGGUCGGGGAGUUUGGAACUUUCCAGAAGCGAAUGUUGGCGGCGAUAUGCUUCCCGAACAUCUUCAACGGGUUCCACAUGUUCUGUCAGGUGUUUACAGGGAUGAACUUCCCUCACCACUGUAACACCGACUGGAUCAGGACGCAGGGACCCGACCUGACCAACGAUAGACAGAAGAACCUCACCCUUCCUCCGCUUGAGGAGGGCCCUGGGUUCCAGUCCUGUAAGAUGUACACUCCGGUGGAUCUGGACUUGGAGACUAUUGAAGAGUACGGGAUAAACAGUACCAUCUCCUGCAGGGAUGGAUGGAAGUAUGAGGCUCCCCAAGGGACCACCAGCCUGGUGACUGAGUUCAACCUGGUGUGUGCCAACAGUGGUCUGAAUGAGGCGUCCCAGUCCAUCUACAUGGCAGGGCUCCUGAUUGGUGCUCUGGUGUUUGGGCCAAUGGCAGACAGGUAUGGUAGGCGUUUUGUGGUCCUCCUCUCUCUACUCAUCCAGCUGUUGUUCGGCGUGGGAGCAGCCUUCUCUCCCAACAUCUAUGUUUACAUAGCCUUCAGAUUCAUGGUCGGCACCACCAUCUCAGGCAUCGCUAUAAACACCUAUGUUUUAGGUGCUGAGUGGACAGGUAAUAACAGGAGGGCUCUGUUCACCAUCUUCUCCCACUGUUUCUAUGCCAUCGGUCUGAUGCUGAUGUCUGGGAUCGCCUACGGGGUCAGAGACUGGAGGAUCCUACAGCUGGUCCUCUCCAGCCCUGUCCUGUUCCUCGGGGUAUUCUACUGGAUCCUCCCAGAGUCAGCACGGUGGCUGAUGACCCAGGGCCGACAGGAGGAGGCUCGUCAGGAGAUCCGCAGAGCAGCCAGAAUCAACGGGAGGGAGGUCCCUGAAGCCCUGCUGGACCAGGUUAGUUAAACCGUCAACACUAUCAUCCUAACAUCCAGCAGGUUAUCAUCACUAUCAU